CGCCCGCCGCCCGCUCAGUAACUUGGCCGCCGCGCGCCGGGCGAGGCGGAGAGUUGCUCGUUGUCGGUGGGGCGGGGGGGGCGCCGCGGCGGCGGGGCGAUGCUGCGGGCGGUGCCGCUCAAGUUGGGCCGGCUGUACCGGUACGCGAAGCUGGCGGUGCUGGGCAGCCUGGCGGCGGCGCUGGUGCUGAACACGCAGUCGCUGCUGGGCUCGCUGCAGCGCAACGAGCUGUCGGAGCGGCGGUUCCUGCAGCUCAAUAAGUGCCCGGCGUGCUGGGGCACCAGCUGGUGCCGCAAGUUCCUGAACGGGCAGCUGCGCCUCGAGAGCUGGGGCCGCCUGCGCCUCCUCGACGCCUUCAACGUGAAGAACGUGUACUUCGCGCGGUACGGGGAGCCCCGCGAGGGCAGCCGCCGCGUCGUGCUCAAGCGGCUGGGCUCGGCGCGGGAGCUCGCCGACAUCGACGCCAAGAUCUGCCGCCGAGCCACCGGCAGGGGCCGCUGCGACCUGCCGCAGGCGCUGCCCGCCACCGAGUUCGCCAGCCUCAACGGCGACGUGCGGCUGCUCACCCCCGCCGCCGUGGAGGGCUGGUCCGACCUCGUGCACUGCCCCUCGCAGCGCCUGCUCGACCGCCUCGUGCGCCGCUACGCCGAGACCAAGGACUCGGGCAGCUUCCUGCUGCGCAACCUCAAGGACGCCGAGCGCAUGCAGCUGCUCAUCACGCUCGCCUUCAACCCCGAGCCGCUCGUGCUGCAGAGUUUUCCGUCUGAUGAGGGUUGGCCGUUCGCAAAGUACUUGGGAGCAUGCGGAAGAAUGGUGGCUGUCAAUUACGUUGGAGAAGAGCUGUGGAGUUACUUUAACGCACCAUGGGAGAAACGAGUGGAUCUGGCCUGGCAGUUAAUGGAAAUAGCUGAGCAGCUGACAAAUAAUGACUUUGAAUUUGCACUCUACCUCCUUGACGUCAGCUUUGACAACUUUGCAGUUGGACCAAGAGAUGGGAAAGUUAUCAUUGUAGAUGCAGAAAACGUCCUGGUAGCAGACAAAAGGUUAAUCAGACAGAAUAAGCCUGAAAACUGGGAUGUAUGGUAUGAAAGCAAAUUUGAUGACUGUGAUAAAGAAGCUUGUUUGUCCUUCUCGAAAGAGAUUCUUUGUGCUCGUGUCACUGUGGACCACAAUUAUUAUGCUAUUUGUCAGAACCUUUUAUCGAGACAUGCCACAUGGCGUGGCACUUCUGGAGGACUACUUCAUGACCCCCCAGCUGAAAUUGCCAAAGACGGCCGCCUUGAGGCCUUGCUGGAUGAGUGUGCCAACCCAAAGAAGCGAUACGGCAGAUUCCAAGCCGCAAAAGAACUGCGUGAAUACCUUGCACAAUUGAGUAACAAUGUGAGGUAGUGCACGGGGACAAUUAUUGGCAACACUGGCUAAAACACUAUUGCAAAGACAUAGAAAUGAAGUUUUGAACUUGGUGUGUUAAAAAGAGAAACUGAAAACCAAACUAGUUCAUCAGUUUUCUAAAUACCAUAAAAAUAUAAUUUUAUGGUGUUACAAUGUUCCUUUGCAAGCAGACAAGGUACUUAGUUAAUUAAAACUCGAGCUACUAUUGACUUUCCUCCCUAACUGUUUAAAAGGGAGGAGGUCACAAAAGACUGUGAUAGCUUGGUUAACAGCCUGUGUGGCAAAGGGUACUUUACAUAAAACUGCAUUGGUGUCACAGUUUUGUGAAGCUGAUGUUCUUACUUGGAAAAUCAAGUUAGACCAAUGGCCUGUUUUAAAGGCCCUUUUUGUGACAUCGUUGUCUCAUUUUUGUGUUUGUUUAAACACCUUGAAGUGGCAUUUACAUCCAGGUAAAUCUCGCUGUCUGCAUUGUUUCAAAUUUAACAGGCUUUCCCGUUAAUGCUGUGCAGUACAUUCCUACUGUGAGUGCAGGAGUCCCAUGUUUACUGUCUAAUUCUAGGGGGUUUUACACUGUAUUUUACUAUGAUUAGACAUUGUAUAUUUUUUUUAAGAUCAACGUGAACUCAAAUGUCAUUUGGGCUAAUAUUAAUUUGAUGUCUUCUGUAGUUCUGCCAUUGGAAAUAUCACUUAAUGUAAUUAUUGUACAAAACUUUUACCCUUCAUGCCAGUAUAUACACAUGAAUGUUUAGCAGGAAAUCAUGGUAUAAGCAAACUCUUAUUCUUAACAUAGAUAAUUUGAGAAUUGGAGAGACUACAAUAAAAACACCUGUAUUCAUUUAAAUUGGGGAUAGAAGCUUGAUUAAAAUAAAAACUAACUAGUCCAGUGUAGUUAAGCAUAAACCAAAGAAAAUGGUUCUGUUUGUUAGCUUCUAAAAUUGUAAAGAAGAAAGUGCUAUACUGUAGUGAAGCUAAUUAAUUCUGAAAAUUCAAACUUCAGUGUUCCUUGGUUUAGUCUUUGAAGAACUUCUAAAACUAUAUGCUUAUGCUAGAAGAAAACCAUAAUUUGAAUAAUAAUGUCUAGAAAGUUAGCAGCUUGUUUUACAUCAUUCCCAAUUCUGUUGAAUUGGGAAGUGUAAUGGAGUUCAUUGAAUAUUCCUCUUUUUUUUCACCAGUGAAAUUAAUUGAGCUGUAUUCACUUGACACCUUUUCUUGAAUUUUUUUUUUUUACAGCAACUCUGACACUCCAUUUUCCUGAAGUCUAAUUCAUAAAAAGAUACUCCUAGGAAAUGUGUGCAGAUUACUGCUUGUAACACUACGAAGGAAGCUCAUAUUUCUUAAAUAUGUGUAUACAACAAUAUUUCUUACAAGCUAAAAAGAGUUCUGAGCAAGGUAAAAUGUGCUUCUUUCAAGAGUAGCGUGUUUAUGCCUCUCAUACUGCAUCAAAAGACUGAUGGAAACUGGUGUUUUACCAAAUUGCUGCAAGUGCAAGGUGAGGAAAACGGCAAACUCACCGCCUGGCCCUUCUUUCUCAAAGCUCAAGAAGUGGAGGCACAUAAAAGUGCGGACUGCUUUUUGACUUCUUAGAUUACUCUAUGAAGGAUAUUUUAGAAUUUGAAAUUCUCACUUUGAGUCACCUUUGCCUGCUUAGUUCUGACUUGCUCCCAAUCCUUUGUCUCAUUGUCUGAAGUUAGAAUGCCCAAUGCAGCUUUUAAUUUUUUCUCCACUGCCCUAAUUUGAAAACGGUUUUAUGUGCUCGCUCUGGCACAAACUAUCAGAGAAGGUUCAUGUUCUUUUUUGUCGUAAAAACCCACUUCUUUGAAGAAAAUAGAGUAACCCUCAGACUAGGUAGUACCAGCCUACCAUAAAGCCUUGACUUGUCACCGAAGUUGAUUUUUAAACAUCUGCCACAUGUCCCAGUGAGCGAGUGGAGUGUGAGUGUUAAAGCUGUAGAAGAAACAAACGCUGCCAGUUCUGGUUACUACUUGAGACAGUUCUGUAACUGUCAGAAUGUCCUGUCAGAUUUGGUUGGGGUUUAGGUCCCUCGGAAAAAAAGUGGUUAAGGCUGAUUAUAAAAGGAAUUUGGAACUUUAAAAAAUAAAAAACCACACACUACAGGGAAAACAUUGUGGAGAGCAAUAAAUCUUGUUCCGUUUGCACCUGUCAGAUAUUUAUUGUACAAUAACAAUUUAUAUUUUUAGUCAUUUCCCAUUAUUAAUGAUGAACAUGGUGAAAUAUUUUUGAAUGGGAUGUUUGGGGUUUGUAUGUGCAUUACAAUUGUCCUUUUGUACUGUAAGUUACUGUUUGAUUGGAAUAUUUUAUCGGAGCUGUCUCCCUGUGCCUUUAUAUUACAAGAAAGUUGUUUCUGCAACUUCUAAUGAUAUUAAUAAAGAAUACUUUA